UGCAGCCAUGAGCAGCAACGAGUGCUUCAAGUGCGGACGCACCGGCCACUGGGCUCGGGAGUGCCCCACUGGGAUUGGCCGUGGCCGUGGGAUGAGAAGCCGUGGCAGAGCAGGCUUCCAGUUCAUGUCUUCAUCUCUCCCGGACAUCUGUUACCGCUGUGGUGAGUCUGGCCAUCUCGCCAAGGACUGUGAUCUCCAGGAGGAUGCCUGCUAUAACUGCGGCAGAGGUGGCCACAUUGCGAAGGACUGCAAGGAGCCGAAGAGGGAGAGGGAGCAGUGCUGCUACAACUGUGGCAAGCCUGGCCACCUGGCUCGCGACUGUGACCACGCAGAUGAGCAGAAGUGCUACUCUUGUGGGGAGUUUGGACACAUCCAAAAAGACUGCACCAAAGUGAAAUGCUAUAGGUGUGGUGAGACUGGCCACGUAGCCAUCAACUGCAGCAAGACCAGCGAAGUCAACUGCUACCGCUGCGGCGAGUCAGGGCACCUUGCGCGGGAAUGCACGAUUGAAGCCACAGCCUAAUGAUUUUCCUUUGUCGCCCCUCCUUUUUCUGAUUGAUGGUUGUAUUAUUUUUCUCUGAAUCCUCUUCACUGGCCAACGGUUGGCAGAUAGAGGCUACUCCCAGGCCAGUGAGCUUUACUUGCCGUGUAAAAGGAGGAAAGGGGUGGAAAAAUCAACUUUCUGCAUUUAACUACAAAAAUGUUUAUGUUUAGUUUGGUAGAGGUGUUAUGUAUAAUGCUUUGUUCAAGAACCCCCUUUCCGUGCCACUGGUGAACAGGGAUUGAUGAGUGGGAAGAGUGGAGUCAGACCAGCAAAACCCUCUCUGGGUUCCAGGGAAGGGAUCCUACGCAGGAGGAAAGAAAUUCCUGGAAGUGUCUGAACUUCCUCAUAACUUUAAUUUUGUUGCAAUGGCCUUGGAUUGUCUGACCUCAGUAGCUGUUAACACCAAGUAACGUCUGUUUCAGGCCCUACCUAGAGCACAUAGCCGAGUGGGAGUAAAACAAGAUGCACAUGCCUGUUAAUGGCCACGAGAGAGAGAGAGAGAGAAAUCGGGAAUAAACUUAAAAGUUAACAGAAAUUCAGUCAGUGAAUGUUCACGCUGGAGAUACAGAACGUAACAGGAAACUUUUGAACAAAUACUUCAAAGGCAAUCUGAAACCCAGACAUCAGUGCUCAUGGCAUACACAAUUUGGAGCUAUUCAGGAGUUGCAAAUAAAUGCAUUUUCACAGAAAUCGAGAUGUUAUUUUUGUAUACUAUAUCACUUAGACAACUGAGUUUCAUUUGCUUGUAAUCAGUUUUUAAAGCAAGAUGGUAAAAGCAAUUGAAGUCCUAGAACAUAGAAAAUGUAAUUUUAAACUAUCAAUAAAGCUGGAGGAGGAAGGGGAGUUUGGCUAAAGUUCCUUUUGUUUAUUUUUGGUUUUCCUGUACACAGUGCAAAUUGACAUUAAAAAGGGGUCUGUGGAGGUGU